AUGGCUCAAAUCCCUCGUUCGUCGUCGUACGGGGCCGCCGACUCGGCGGAGGAAGAAAAAGGAUGGCGCUUCGAGCGGCGUUACAUGGUGGCCCUGCUGGCGUUCUUCGGCUUCGCGAACAUCUACGCGAUGCGGGCCAACCUCUCCGUUGCCAUCGUGGAGAUGACGUCUGGAAUUGACCAGAGUAUCAAUGGAACGACAGUGCAUCUCCCCGGCGAGUUCGAGAAUUGGACCCCGUUCGUGCAGGGCGCUAUCCUGAGCUCCUUCUUCUACGGCUACAUCUUGACUCAAAUUCCGGGCGGCUUCUUGGCCCACCGGUACGGCGGCAAGAUGGUGUACGUCGCAGGAGUGGCUGGUACCGCCGUUUUCACCCUCCUAACGCCACCACUUGCCAAAAUGGGCUAUUCGAUGCUGAUUUUCGCUCGAUUCAUGGAAGGACUUUUAGAAGGCGUCACCUACCCAGCGAUGCAUGUCGUCUGGUCCAACUGGGCCCCGCUCCUCGAAAAAACCAAAUUGGCCACAUUUGCCUUCUCGGGUUCCUAUUUCGGUACCGUGGCUGCGAUGCCAAUUUCCGCUUCCCUUGGGCAGCACUUUGGAUGGCCGAUGAUUUUUUAUUUCUUUGGGUUGGCGGGUCUCGCUUGGUGCUACGUGUGGUGGAAAGAAGUGGCGGAUACACCCUCCCAGGAUCUCAAGAUCUCUACCGAUGAGUUGACACUACUCCAGAGAGACGCCAUCAAUACAAAUACCUACAUCGUCCCCUGGCGCAUGAUCCUGGCAAGCAAGCCAGUUUGGGCGACCGUCAUCGCGCACUUUUGCCAGAAUUGGGGCUUCUACACGAUGCUGACGAACCUUCCAAGGAUUCUCGGUGAUCUGGCUAAUUAUCAAUUGGAGAAGGCUGGAUUUAUUGCCGGGCUGCCGUACCUCGCGAUGGGGUUGGUGCUGAUCUGGGCCGGUCAAUUCUCGGAUCAUCUGCGAAAGGAGCGAGGGAUGACGACGGUGCGGGUGCGGAAGUUCUUCUGCGUAGUUGGCUUCUUCGGCCAAGCCCUGACCCUCCUCGCCGCCUCUCUCACGCGUUCUCCAACCUGGCUCGUCGCCUGGAUCACCAUCUCCAUGGGCCUCGGAGGCCUUACCUGGGCCUCCUUUUCCGUCAACCACCUCGACCUCGCUCCACAGUACGCUGGACACCUCAUGGCACUCUCCAACACCAUCGCCACGCUUCCCGGAAUGCUUGGGCCUCUCAUCGUCGGGAUUGUCGUUGUGGAUUAUACUGUUGCUCAAUGGAACGUUAUCUUUUACCUGACCACCGUAAUCUACGCGCUUGGAGGGUUUAUGUACGUUCGAUGGGCUUCUGGAGAGCUCGAACCUUGGGCUUCGGAUCAUCUACCGUUUGCUUCGGAGCUUUCU